CACGAACAGACCUAGUGUGCGAGGUGUUGUCGCGACGGAUGUGUAGAGAUUAUCGUGGGUUGAACAAAGUGACAGCGGCGGACAGGGCCAUGAACGAUGUGUUCCGCGAAGCAAUCGGGCACUUCGUUCUGGUUUACCUUGACGACAUCUUGGUUUAUUCCAAGACUGAAGAGGAGCACACUCUACACCUAAAAUGGGUGUUAGGAAAGUUGCGAGAACAUAAGUUCUAUGCUCGUUUGUGGAAAUGCCAUUUCUACAAACGCGAGCUGGAAUACCUCGGUCAUCUUGUCGGGAACGACGGACUUAAAGUCGACCCCAAGAAGGUGGUGGCUGUUCAGAAUUGGCCUGUCCCACAAGACGUGGGCCAGAUCAGGUCCUUCCUAGGCCUGGCCAAUUAUUUCCGCCGGUUCUUGGAAAAUUACUCAACUGUCGUUGCCCCUCUGACAGCACUUACCCGAAAGGGUAGUGCAUGGGAGUGGACUCGACAAUGCCAAGAGGCAUUUGACAAAGUCAAAACAAAGCUGACCAAUGCUCCGGUUCUGGUAUUGCCAAAUCCUUCUAAACCCUAUGAGGUGGUCACAGACGCCUCGACAGUAGGGAUUGGGGCGGUACUCUUGCAGGAGGGCCGCCCAGUGGCAUUUGAGAGUAGGAAACUCUCCCCGGCAGAGCAGCGCUAUACGACGUCAGAACAAGAGUUGCUGGCGGUCGUGCAUGCGCUGCGAACAUGGCGAUGUUAUCUGGAAGGUGUGGAUUUUGUGGUCACGACAGACCACUGUCCGAACACCUAUUUCUCUACUCAAGCCACGCUCACUCGGCGCCAAGCCCGCUGGGCAGAACUCCUUAGUGGGUUCACAUUCGAUAUUCGAUAUCGUGCAGGUUCUACGAACAUGGCUGACCCCCUCAGCAGACAGCCGAUAGGGGCAGCGACUGGGCUUGAUGAAACCGAGGAUAAGGCAGAUACUUUGUGGAAUGCCAUGGGUGCACUGUGCGAAGUGUUCCGCAACAUGGAGCGAGCUAUGUGACCAGACCAGGGCGGGGAUCUGGGGACCGACUUUGUCCAGAGUUCCACGAAAGCGCACAGCAGUGUCGUAACAGCGUAGAGGCGGGGUGGGCUUUUAGAGUGAUAUGUUACAUGAUUUAGGGUAGAGCUGUA